UGCGUUUGAGUAAACUCUGGGAGAUUGCGAAGGACAGAGAAGCCUGGCGUGCUGUAGACCAUGGCCUCCCAAAGGGUCGGACACGACUUAGUGACUGAACAACAACACUGAAACCUUUUCUCCUGCAAAAGGCAAAGGCAGCAUUUGCAGGUGGAAGGAACUCUCCAGAUUGGCAGGCCGCGUUGCCUCUCAGCUGUGGGCCGAGUGCAGUGACUGCACUCAGGCGAGAACAGUCUUCCCGCCCCAGCCCUCCUUCCCCAGCAAGGUAAGGGACUUAUGGGCUGGGUGUGGAGUUCUGCAACCCCUUCCCUGGUUCAUCAUCUGUUCCCUCCAGCCAUCUGUGGGAGCGUAGACGUGGGGGACCAGGCGAGGCCCCCUGCCCGGCCCCUGGUCCCCUGCUCCCAGCCCUGGCCCAGGCCCCGCCUCACCACGAGCAGCCGCGGGCCAAUAAAUGGCUUCUGCGCCCCACGCGCCUGGCCAACUCAGCCACAGCUCGAUUCGCUCUGGCUCUUCCCCACAUUCCCAACCUCUCAACUCCCAACAGUGAGCCCUCCACCCAUGGAGGAGACAUACCUGGAGCUCUACUUGGAUCAGUGCUCCGCCCAGGAUGCCCUUACGCCAUCCAGAUCACCCCUGCUGAGCCCAGCUGUGCCUUAUGAUGUGGACAUGCUUACGUCAUCCAAUCCAGAGACUGCAUUUAAUCCCCAACUUGAAGAAGUCACAGAAACAUGUGGGAGUUUCUCAGCUGUGGAUCUUAGCUUCUUACCAGAUGAGCUCUCCCAAGAAAAUAAAGACCAGACUGUCAUUAGGAGCAAGCAUGAAAUUGAAGAAAACUGUAAAACUCAAAGUCGGCAAACUAGGUUGCCCUUACCCAGCCAACUGGACGCUGGCCUGGCCUUAAACAGCAGCAGUGGGUUAGGUUCCCAUUCACAUCUGCACCCUGCUGAUGGUAACUCAGCCCAGCCCUCUCCUGAGAAACCACACUCCAUGUCUCUGGCGUCCAUAACUCCUAUGACACCAAUGGCCCCUAUUUCAGAAUGUUCUGGAAUUGUGCCUCAACUACAAAACAUAGUUUCCACUGUAAACCUGGCCUGUAAAUUGGAUCUGAAGAAAAUAGCUUUGCAUGCAAAAAAUGCAGAAUAUAACCCAAAGAGGUUUGCCGCUGUCAUAAUGAGGAUCCGAGAGCCCAGGACUACAGCCCUCAUAUUUAGCUCUGGGAAAAUGGUCUGCACAGGAGCCAAAAGCGAAGAGCAGUCUCGACUCGCAGCGAGGAAGUACGCCCGCGUGGUGCAGAAGCUGGGCUUUCCUGCCAGGUUCCUCGACUUUACAGUUCAGAACAUGGUUGCAAGCUGUGAUGUGAGAUUUCCUAUCAGUCUGGAAGGUUUGGUGCUAACCCAUCAGCAGUUCAGUAGUUAUGAACCUGAACUGUUUCCUGGCCUUAUUUAUAGAAUGGUGAAACCACGAAUUGUGUUGCUUAUCUUUGUAUCUGGAAAAGUUGUGUUAACAGGUGCCAAAAAACGUUCUGACAUCUAUGAAGCAUUUGAAAACAUCUAUCCUAUUCUAAAGGGUUUUAAAAAAGCCUGAAUAUAUCAUUCAACAUCUCACAGUAUAUUGGUUUGAAUAUAUGCAUAAGCCCAGCAACAGAAACAGCUAGACUGUAGAUGUUCCAUGCACAUUUUGACUUUAAUUAUUAAAGUGUGAUUCUGUAUGAGUAACCAUGCCUAAGAAAUGACACUUUUUUUUGAAAUGACUAUUGUAUGUUAUUUUUAAAAUGGGAAAAGUAACCUGAUUUCAGAAUUUGAAGAGUUAAGGCCUUGCUAGAAUGAUAUUCUAACAUCAUUAAAAUUUAAUGCUUUGUUCUUGUUAAAGACGUAGUACAUGAACAUGUGUUCUCUAAAAAUGUAUAACAAUAUAUAGAAAUUUAAAAUAUCUGUAUAAAACAGGAUAGAAAUUGUCUAUUGUCUUUUUUUUUUUUUUUGCCUUUUUAAAUAUUGAGUCGAUGAUCCUGGCCAGUAGGUACAGGCCUGUGAUGGAUCCUGUCAGAAUACAAAUGAAACUUUAAAGUCUGAAAACUUUAAGAAAAAUUAAAUAAUUACAUAUCCUUUUGUUUGAAAUAAUCAGAGAAAAGUAUUUCUCUCCCUAAAACUUAAUCUUCCAGGAAACAUUCAGGUUUAGUAUAAAGUCUAUUUUGAAAACAGUUUAGGGAUUUUGUGCUUUUUUUGUACCUUCAUAACCCUGUGUAAUUAUAUUAAAAUAGAUCAAAUAAGACUUAAGAGGCUGGAGCAAAGAGCUCAGCUUCAAAACCCAAUUAGCUUGUGGGAAUCAUGCGCAUUUGAUGGAGAAGUGGAGAUUAACAGGGAGGGGGAUGGGCUAAUAGGAGUCUUGGACCUUGUUCUCACGUGGGCGGGGAUUGUCUUUCACUAAAAUGAGGACAGGGAGGCCUGGCCUGCAGUCCAUGGGGUCGCAAAGAGUUGGACACGACUGGGCGACUGAACACAACAAAAUAAGGAAACGUUUGUAGGGAGGGAGAGUUCAGUUUUGUUUCUGAAUUGCUUCAGACCAAUUCUGUACAGUGAAUUGGUCACCGUACAUUACUUUAAGCCUAGUGUAGGCAGUUAUGAAUUUGGGGGUAUGGAACUUGGGAGAGAAGCCCUAGUUGAAGAGAGAAAUUAAGGCAGUCAUUAAUUUAUAGCCUGCCAAAAUAAUCCUUUUGAGUCACUGGUCUGGAUCAUUUGACCUAUGAGCCCAAUUUUUUUUUCUUCUGUAGUUUACAGGCAUAUUCAAACACCAAUUACUCUGAUAUAAUCCUCUGGCCCAACUUAUUUAUCCUCACAGAAAGAAAUUUGGAGUAAUCAAGCCAUGUUAAAAUACUACCUAGUUGAAAUUCUUGGAAUAUGGCCAAGAAUAGAAGCGGAAUGCUGGACAUUAAAAUUUUUCAUAAAGAUCCAACUGUGAUUUACACGUUCAGUAGUUUCCACUGGUUAGUUAUUAUUGGCAAAGUACUAUCAGAUUACUAUUAAACGGAUUGACUUGUUAAUCCUCACGACGUUGGGUGGGCACUGAAGUUUCCUCCACGUGAACACAGGAGAGGUGAGGAAUUUGCCCCGAAAUCACAUGAGCCAUAAUUCCACCUCGCUCCAAGACCCACUUCCCUCAUCCAACUCUGCGGUAGUUUUAGCCAAAUUUAGUAUCCACAGCUAAUGACAGAAAUUUCCUUAUGCGUUCGCAAUCUGUCUUCCCCAAAUCCUGAGGGUACUGUAUUGCUAUGUCUUGCACAAGUUUGUGACGUUAAGUUGUAGCCUGGACGUGAAGGAGCCGCUGAUGACACUCCGUUGCGCUGCCUCUCCCCGCUCUAACCUAAUUCCUACCCAGCGGUAGCUGGGGGUAGGCGAGGUCUGGAGAGGUGCUCGCGCGAUUCCCGCCGAGCUAGGCCCCUCCCAGGCCCCUCCUCCUCACCCAAGAUGCACUUGGUUGAAAACAAAAUCCCACGUGACUGGCUCUGCUCUCAUGCUAUCAUGGCGUCUCCCAGUGGGAAGGGAGCCCAGGCGCAGGAGGCUCCUGGCUGCGGGCCCCAGCCGCUCGCCCGGGACCUGGUAGACUCUGUGGACGACGCGGAGGGGCUGUACGUGGCGGUCGAGCGCUGCCCGCUCUGCAACACCACCCGCCGGCGGCUGACCUGCGCCAAGUGCGUCCAGAGCGGCGAUUUCGUCUACUUCGACGGCCGCGACCGUGAAAGGU